GCCACAGGUAAGCACCACAUAACUUCAUAUUAAUUCGCCAAAACAAGAAGAGAAAUAGAAAAACAUAACUACAUCUUCGUUAUCCCCAUUUAAAAUAACAAAAGUGGUAGCUAUGUAAAAUAACCAUGAUGCAACAACACAAAGCUUACUACCGACUAAUUAACCUCAUUGGCUCAACCACAGUUAUCCAACAUUUCAGUCAAUAUUAAAUUCCCUAAACCAUUAAGUUUAUACCAAUCCUAUGCUUAGUGCACCUUACAUAAUCUGUUAUAUUAAUAUAGUUUUACACUCCUAAUAGCAUAUAAAACCAUAACUUCUUAAGGGUUAAGCCAUAAUCACUAAGAUUUACCUUCAAUAUAGAAGUAAAAAACAGAUUCUUGAAAGUUAAAACAAUGAAGAACUUAAACUGCAAUAGUGGUUUUGUAUGGCUUAUGACCAUGUCAAUCUUGUUUCUAAUUGCAAGAUCUCAGUUAACUGAGGAUUUCUACUCAACUUCAUGCCCUAAUCUUCGCAACAUUGUACUUAAACAAGUGCUAAAUGCAAUCAAGACUGAAACAAGAAUGGCUGCUUCUUUGCUUCGGCUUCAUUUCCAUGAUUGCUUUGUAAAUGGUUGUGAUGCAUCAAUUUUAUUGGAUGGAAAUGAUGGGGAGAAGUUUGCCUUCCCUAACAUCAAUUCUGCUAGGGGAUUUGAGGUGGUUGAUGCUAUUAAAACAGCUGUAGAAAGCUCAUGCAGUGGAGUAGUUUCAUGUGCUGACAUUCUAGCCAUAGCAGCACAAGAUUCAGUUCUCUUGAGUGGAGGGCCAUCGUGGAAAGUCUUACUAGGAAGAAGAGAUGGACUUGUGGCGAAUCAGUCCGGAGCUAAUACUAACCUCCCUGGCCCCACUGAAUCCGUUGCUAAUAUCACCGCCAAGUUUCUCGCCGUUGGCCUCAACCUUACAGAUGUUGUAUCCCUAUCAGGUGCGCAUACGAUUGGAUCGGCGAGGUGUGCUGUGUUCAGCAAUAGGUUAUUCAACUUCUCUGGAACAAACGGUCCUGAUGAGACGCUAUUAGAUCAGGCUAUGGUAUCAGACCUUCAAGCUCAAUGUCCGGCGAACGGAGACGGGAACAAGACGACAGCUCUCGAUCGGAAUUCCGUUGACUUGUUCGACAACCAUUACUUUCAAAACUUGGUGAACGGAAAGGGACUUCUUGAAUCUGAUCAAUUUCUAUACUCGAGUGAUGAAGCUGUGUCGACUACACGAACCCUAGUUGAAAUCUACAGCAAUGACUCGCGGAUUUUCGUUAACGAUUUCGUUAGAUCGAUGAUUAAGAUGGGGAAUACGAACCCCCUCACGGGGGAGAGUGGAGAAAUUCGAAAAAAUUGCAGGGUUGUGAAUUCGUAGGCGGGUAAUAUUGUGGAUUUGGUGCGAAUAUUAUGUACAUAAAUAAGAAGAAUGUAAUAAAAGAUAAGUCGAAGGGUUUUGCAACAAAUCCAGAAACAUUCAGGGACUGUUUUUGCCAUUAUUUGUUUCUUUUUCAGUUAAUUAGGCAUUUAACUAACACAUACACAAAUUUCAAGAAAGCCCUUUUACUUUUCCAUUAGUAACAUCGAGAUCAAUGUCAUAAAAGCAAGGUCGAGUAGGAAGCCCAGGCAUCGUGCUCAUACUCCCCACCAAAGGAUAAAUAAAUCCAGCCCCAAUACUCGCCCUCACAUCCCUAAUUGGCAACACAAAUCCACUUGGUGCGCCUUUGGCUGCUGGAUUAUCGGAAAAUGAGUACUGAGUUUUCGCCAUGCAGAUUGGAAGUGCCGCGAACCCUUGUUUGCUAUACAUUUUGAUCUUUUUCUCGGCCUACAAGUAUUCGACGCCACUGGCACCGUAUGAUCUUGCUAUCGCUUCUAUC